AUGUUCCUAUAUCGACCCAAGCCUGGCUCAUCUAUUAUGGGAAUGUCCAAAGGUGAACCAGUUCUGGCUAAAAGUAGCCCACUACCUGUCUCAGGUGAGUACUAUGUGCAAGUACUGCAGUGUAAGCAACAGUGUGUCCUAGACGAUUCAGUAAGGCUGGGGCCAGAGCAUCCAGCACAGGAUGUCAUUGUGUCACAGCUUUCCUUGCUCGAAGAGGCGUAUACUAAACUUGGGGACCUGGAGUCUGCGGCUCUUGCUGCCCACCUGCUGCAACUCUUCCACCAGUUGAGCAAAUCAGAGGAACCACAGGGGAACACAGAGGAACCCCAGAAGUUUGUUGGAAAACUGCAGAAGAAUAUCGCCUCAUACAUCCGACGGGCCCUGGCAGAGAAGAAGCUACUUUAUUAUUCCAUGGAGAAUCUGGGCAUCUCAUUUCAUGAUCCGGAUUCCUGGACUCCUGAUGAGAUAAUUCCUGAGAGUAUUAAAGAGCGAGUCCGGAUGGAGAGAGAGGCAAGAGCACAGAGCAGGGGUGAUUUGCCCUAUGACGGGGUGUCUGUAACAAUGACCCCGGCACAGAUGAAUGGAACACGGAGAGUCGCUCUGGAUGGGGUGAUUAGUGAGGAAGAUUGUCAGGGGCUUCUCAUUAUGGCGCAGAUGGCCGAAGGAUCUGGGUUCAAGGCAAGACGUUCACCUCACACUCCCCACGAGAGGAUGCAGAGCCUGAGUGUACUGCAGUCACUAAAGUUGGCUGCUUUAGGAGCAGUGGAUCCAUCACACGCACAGCUGUAUUAUCACGCCAGUGAGAGAUCACGUGUUCUGGCGCAGUCUUACUUUGGCACGCCAAUGCUGCACUUCUCAUACGCACAACUUGUGUGUCGUUCAGCUAUUGAAGGAGAGCAAGAGGGCCGUGCGGAUCUCAGUCACCCGGUUCAUGCAGAUAACUGUCUACUGGAUCCUGAAGAGAGGAAGUGCUGGCGAGAGCCUCCAGCAUAUGUGCACCGCGACUAUAGUGGGGUCUUGUACCUAAAUGAAGAUUUCCAAGGGGGGGAUUUGUUCUUCACAGAACUUGAUAGCUCAACAGUGACCGCUGAGCUUCGCCCUCGCUGCGGUCGUCUAGUCCUUUUUAGUUCAGGGGAGGAAAACCCUCAUGGUGUGCGAGCUGUGACUAAUGGAAGGAGAUGUGCGAUUGCUUUGUGGUUCACUGAAUCAUCAGAUCAUGCAGAGCAGGAGCGCUUACAAGCAAGGAUUAUAAUGGGGGAUGUUGAUAGCAACAGGCAGACACUAGAGGAAGAGACACUCCAAGCUAAUCAGGAGACCAGGAUUACAGGGCGAGAGACAGCCAGGACAGGGCGAGAGACAGCCAGGACGGGGCGAGAGACAGCCAGGAGCAGCAGAGGAACUGCCAGAAUCAGUGACAAUUCAGAAUCAGACAGACCAUCCGGCCGGAGCCAGAGAGUGUCACAAAAAUUUGAAGAUGAGCUGUAAUCCACAGCUGAAGGAGUCUUGUUGGUUGCAG